AUGAGAUAUUUAAAGAUGUGGAUGGGUACUCAUCGAAAUGGACCAUCAUCGAUAUGUUCAACUAAUAUGCCACUUGCUGAAUAUAUUUCAAUCAAUAAAACUUCGUUAGCUGAACAUGAAAAUGGAAAUAUUGGCUUCCUGUUUAAGGUUCUUUCGGUCAAUAAACCAUUAUCGAUUCAGUCGCAUCCAAACAAAGAAGAAGCUAAAGUUUUACAUGCUAGAGAUCCAACCCAUUACCCGGACGAUAACCAUAAACCCGAAAUGGCUAUCGCUCUUAGUGAUUUCGAAUUGCUUUGUGGAUUUCGUCCAUCGAAGGAGAUUUACGACAAUAUUAAAAGUUUGUAUAUUAGCUGUAUUGAAAGAUUAACUGAUUCAAAUGAAGAAAAACAACGUGAAGCACUUAAAAUUAUCUUCUCGGAUAUGAUGAAUUCUGCAACAGAUGUGAUUUCUACAGCUAUUAAUUCUAUGGUUGAACAAGGAACGCAUUCAUCUUUCGAUAAAUUACUCCUUCGUCUUAACUGUGAAUUUCCUAAUGAUAUCGGUGUUUUUGCUCCACUUUUACUUAAUUAUUUCACCUUAAAGAAAGGCGAAUCAGUAUUUCUAGAACCGAAUCAACCGCAUGCAUAUCUGUUAGGCGAUUGUGUCGAAUGUAUGGCUUGUUCAGAUAAUACGAUUCGUGCAGGCCUUACUCCAAAGUUUAAAGAUGUUAAAACAUUAAUUUCAAGUUUGUCUUUUAAAAUGUCUCCUCCACCUUAUUUUCUAGCAAAGAAAUUGCGUCCAGGACUCGUCGAAUAUCGCCCUCCAGUAAAAGAAUUCGCCGUACAUGAGAUAAAGCAUGACUUUGAUGGAUCAACAGAUAUCGGUUCGAGUAGCAUAUUAAUUGUGAUUGAUGGAAAGGCAAAAUUUGUCGCUGAUAAAGAAGAGAUAUUUGUUAAUAAAGGAGAAGUAGUUUUUCUACCAAAUAACGCUUUUGUUUCCUCGAUUGUUUCUUCAGAAAAUUUCUUGGCUUAUCGUGCUUUCACUCCAUUAAAGUAA